AUGCAGUUUUUGCAUGAUCGCUCAGAGGAUGUAGAAGUCGAUAGUAGCAUCUCUGCUAAAGCUUCAGGAUUUUACAAUUAUUUGGAAUCAUUCGAGUGUGUAUUCUUUUUAACGACGAUGAUUGAAAUAUUUGAUCAUAUAGAGGUUUUAAACAAAGAACUGCAAAAUUCGGAACUAUGUGUUAUCGAAUCAUAUCAAAAAAUUGAAGCUGUAACUGAUUUUUUAAUUGAUUCUCGAGAUUCAAAAUUUGUAAAAAUUUGGCAAAAAUGCCUUGAAACUGUUGACAAACUUGAACUCGAAGAACCUAAACUUCCACGACAGCGUAAAAUUCCAAAACGUAUACAAACAUCUACAAGCGAAGACCACAGAUUCAACACACCCGAAGACUUUUACAGAAAAUUGUACUUCGAAGUUUUUGACCAAAUAAUUGUGUCCUUAAAAAGUAGAUUCGAAAAUGAUUCUGCAGGAUUUUUCAAAUCUUUGGAGCAAUUUGUUAUUGGUGAGCCUGUAAAUGUAGACGAAAUUGUAGACUUUUAUAAGGAUGAUUUCGAUAAAGAAAGAUUGAUCAAUGAUAGGGAAAUGUUUUUGCAACUCUUGAAGAGAAAAAAUGUUCAAGUGAAAAAUUUGAGGGAAGUUGUAGAUUUUUUAAAGCAAAACGAGUGGAGUAGAGGAUUAAUUCUAGAGUUUGUGCGUUUUGUUAAGCUGCUCAUGACGAUUCCAGGAUCAUCUUGUUCAAACGAACGAAGUUUCUCUACACUCCGACGACUUAAAACUUAUUUGAGAUCAAUGAUGCGACAAGAUCGAUUGAAUAACAUAGCCCUUAUACAUAUUUACUCUGAAAUGGCUGACAAACUUGAUUUAGAGAAACUAUUAGAUACUUUUAUUUCACAAAAUUCAAAACGCAGUGCAGUUUUCGCAUUGAGCAGAUAA